AUGGCGUUCAUUAAGCGAGAGAAUUUGCAACGCGAAACUUCUGAGGAUGCUUUGAAGAUUGUAUGCGGAUUUUUCCAAAUUGAUAAUCUGUAUGAGGAGCAAAAGACUAUUCUAAGACAGUUUUUUCUCGGCAAAACGGUCUUCUUUAGUGCUGGUACAGGCUAUGGAAAGUCCUUGAUUUUUCAAGCAGUUCCACUUUUAGCUGAUCUGUUAAUAGAUCAAGCCAUCGGAACAAGUAUUGCUAUUGUUAUUUCCCCACUGGUGUCUCUUAUGCUUGAGCAAGUUGCUUAUUUAAAGUCUAUCGGUUUUAGCGCAGCUGCUGUAUUUGAAGGUCAAUACGAUCAAGUGUUGAAGGAUAUAAUAGAAGAAGGCAUAUAUUCCCAUAUUUAUGUGUCUCCUGAAUCUAUGCUGUCCGUACAAGUACAACGUUGGCGAAGAAUGCUCCAGUCACCCCAUUUUAAAACUCAUUGUGUCGUCGUCGCUGUGGACGAAGCACAUUGUAUCAGUCAAUGGUAG